GAGGAACAGGAUGGAUCGCGAGUUGAUUCGGAAGGUGUCGGUGCUGCAGGCCUGUGUCCGGGGCUUCUUGGUCCGACGCCAGUUCCAGAGCCUGCGAGCUGAAUAUGAGGCGAUUGUACGAGAGAUUGAAGGCGACCCUGUUAGGAUUCAGUGGACCAAGGGGUGGAUUCCAAGGCCCCAAUUUCUCCCAGAGAUCGUGGUGCCCAGAUACUUGGAAGGGUUUAACCCUGAGGUGCUCUCACCUCUAAUUUCUCAGAAGGCAAAAUCCUUUGGGACUUGCAAAGUAGGAGAGAGGGUAUCAAAUCCACAGCAAGAACCGAGGAGCCGCUUCCCAUGUAAAGAGGCUGAGAGAGAGGCCAUCUGGGAGGAGAUGGUGUUCAAGAAGUCAAGAGAGAGCUCAGCAAACCCAGGAAAUCUCUGCCGAGUUGAUAGCCCCUGGCUUCAGGCUGAGCAGAGCAGGAAAACUAGCCAGAAAGAAAUCGGAGACAUGAUAAGGAUGAAGAACCCAGAAGCUACAGGUCCAGGACUGCUUCACAGCCAGCCUCAGCUACAGGAGCUCCAAUACCACCGCAGCCACUUGGCCAUGGAACUGCUGUGGCUGCAACAGGCCAUCAAUAGCCGUAAGGCGUACCUAAUUCUCAAGCAAACACUGAGCUCCCCAGAGGCAAGUCAGACCAGAGACAAGCCCUGCAUGUGCCCAGACCAUGGAGGACAGGCCUGUGACAGCGACCAGUCACAAGCAAGCCUACCACUAAAGAACCAGUUCUACAGAGACAAAACCGCUGGAGAGCUAGACCAUGUAGAUUACUCCUGCCAGAGGGUCAAAUCACCCCACAAAUUUUCAGAAAGUCUGUCUCCUACACAAAAAACAGCUGGAGCUAAGUAUAGGGAAAAAUGCUCUAGGAGGGCUAGACCACAGUUUCCUAUGCCAUCAGACAGCCAGGCCAUGGAGGACAGGUUCACCAAAGAGCCAGACAAUGGAGGACAGCUGCAGAGGAAAGUCCUGGAGGACCAGACCCCCAGAUGCCUCAAACCUAGGGACCACUGUUCCAGGAAGGGCAAGACACAACUUCAUGUACUCUCUGAGGACCCAGAUACUGAGUUUUCCAGAGGGCUAGAUUACAAAGAGCCUAAAUACCAAAGAGCCAGGCCACAAGAGUUGGGUUUCUCAGAAGACCAUAUCAGUUGGGAUGGGACCUUGGCAGGGCCAGAGCAUAGUAGCUUGCAUCUUUGGAGGACUAAACCACCCAAAGGCCAAACCCCCCAUGAUAGACACUCCAGAGAGGGAACCUCUGAUGAGCCUAGUCAUGAAGGAUGGAAAAACCAAAGGACUACAAGGCCACCUGAGAACCCUUUUUCCACAGGGUCAGACCAUAUAGGAGAGGACCAGGUUCCAAAGGGGUAUGCUGUGAAAGGACCAUGAAAUGGGAUCUCAUCCUAUCACUCUGAUACCAGCUCUACCUCCUGCUCCUGCCCUGGGAGUCCGUGGCUAGUGGGGCCAAGAGAAGCUGGAGCAGAGUAUUGGCAUAAGUACAGGGAGAAGGACGAAGAAUACUCUUUCAUCUUUUCAUCCUCUGCCUAUGGGCUCAAUCCAAUUUUGUGGAUAAGGAGUUAUCUGGGAUUUAUCUUGUAACAUUUGCUGGAGGAAAACAAGAGUCACCUGGGGGAAGUGGAGUGGGAGGCUUG